AUGAAACUCUUGGCUUUGACAACACUGUUUACAAUGAUGACUGUUGUCAUGACAGCAAGUUCAGUCACCCCAUUGUCCAAUCGGCUAGCGGCUAAAAAGAUCAAGGUGAAUACCAUUGGCUGCAAGUGUAUCAUGUCUAAACCUAGUGCACAAAAUACGGAUUCAACAUUAUGUAUGUGCUUUAACCGCAAAGAUGGCACCUUGAAUGAUACCACGGUCUGUCGAGCUUACACAGAUGGUGUGUUUUCAUUUUGUUCGGAUGUGACGGAUGGAACAGAGUUGUGGCAAGAAUGCGUAGAGCAUUACUGCCCUUGCAACGGGGAUAUUGUUGAGCCACCCCGUAAUAAAAUCUAUUUUUAA